UUUACAUUUAAAUGAUGCCUAACAAGAGAUUCUAUCUAGUGGUAACGUAGUGAAUGGCACCUGGUAUCACCCUCAUAUUAGAGAGAUAGAUAGGACAAGGAACACACAUGUAAACUGUAAACACAUCAGCACAAUCUUCACAUGGAGAGCUAUGCAGUCAACAAAAAAGUCAAAGAGUAUAUGAAUUUACAAAACAAGAAAUAGAAAAAUGUCGUCAAAGGAAAAAAGCUUGUUAGUGAAAACUCUUGAGUUUGUUCAUGGUGUUACAACAGAAGCAUCUAACACUGAGAUGAUUAUGUCAUUGGGCCUCGGGAAAUACCUGCAGGAUCUAUAUGACAAUCUGGAACAUAACGACAAAGGUGAAAUAUGGCGAAAAGACUUCGAAAGCCUAUGUGAGGUACUGGAUAUAGAGCUUAACAAACAUGAUGUUGACAUAUUCAAAAACCUGCCUGAUUUUCUAUCGUUCAAUCAAUUCUUUGAAAAACUUAGCCACCAUUUUACAAUUCGAGGGAAUAACACUGGAUAUAUCCCGAAAGUUUCCAAAUAUAAAUACAUUCAUCUUGAUUUGAACUUGAAAGAAAUGAAGAAAUCGUUGAGUGCAAGAAUAUUGAGUAAAUCAACCUCGAAGGACAAACUUAAACAAAAUCAAAUGAUUGCUCACAUGGAAAGAGUGAUCGACCAACAGAAUGAUGAGCUUGAAUGUUUGCGUCAAACUGUGGAGGAAUUACGACGAGGCUUGCAAGCCGCCGAUGUGCGCUCUUUGUUUUACCAAGUGGAGCUACAUAAACUUGAGCAGCAACAGCUCCUCAAUGGAAAGGAUGUUACUAACCUAGUGAAGAAUUGUGACAUUAACAUUAUGCCAUCUGUUGAUAUUCCUGAAAUCAUAAUAACCCCACCUGAUGAUAAUAUGGGGGCAGACACUUAUAUAUCCAUGGGCACAAAUGUAACUCAAGACACAAAUACCACAGUAGAAAUAAAUAUGACUACAGACACAAAUGGAAUCCCAUACACAAAUAUGGGUGUGGACAACAAUAUGAAAGGGGACACAAAUAUGGACGCAAACACCAUUCCUAAUAUACUCCCAGAAAACAGCAUAAAUCACAAAAUAACAACACCUAAUCAAUCAACAAAAGCGAAUCUUCAAGAAGCAAAUGACAUCACAACAAUUCUAGAACAAAAUGUGGACACAGCCACAUGCCAUGACCAAUCAACAGAAACAAAUCCUACAAAUGACACAAGAUUACAGAGAGCUGAAAAACAUGUAGCAGAGCUGGAGGAAGUGAAUGGACAGCUCCAGGAAGAAGUGAAUGACAGUCACACAAAGCUAGAACAGGCCAGGGAUAUGGUUACACAGUGUAUGAUGCUCAUUCAGGGCGUUGACAUAAACAAGAACAUGAAAAACAUGAAAUCUGAUAAUAUGGUAAAAGUCAGUGGUAUGGAUAAGUUAUGAUAAAGUGCCGAAAAUGGGUCUCGCUGUAAGAACUGUACACCAUGGUUCUGGUUAUCAGUACUUGUGCAAUGUAGUAAAUAUAUUUUGAUAAACUGUUGAAAAUUGGGCAUUUAGAAAUUCCUCUUUUAUCAUGAUAUGAAAACUGGUCAAAGUUAAGAACAUUCCCUAAUCACUGUACACGUACCUUGUCUUAUUGGUGUGCUGUCUGGAUUUAAUUGAUAUAAGGUUUUAGAGUCUACUGAUAUUCAAUUACCUUAUCAAGGUAUCUUAGGUAAUAGGAGAUAAACUCAUUCAUAAAUUGUUCUGAAUAUGGCAAAAGGUAUCACACUAGUAAAUUCUGCAUGUAUUUUCACCUUCUAUAUUUAAGGUUCCAAAAUUAUACAAAAUGUUUUGUAUUGUAUAAAAUCAUAUGGAGUAGGAAUGGGAGGGGUUUUGUAUGUCCCGGACCACAGCAAUAAUGGGGAAAAUAUAAAUAUAUCCAUACCACUCAGUAAAUACAUUAUAUAUUUUCCCCACAUGAUACACCUAGAACCUCAGUACAAUUGUGAUACAAAAGAUCAUACAAAAUGUUUAUUCGUUUAAAGGCCCACAUAUUUUCAAUGUUUUUGGGCAAAACUAAAGACUUUUAUUUGAAUUUUAAAGAAUGUCCAAUGUAUUGAUAAGAACCUUAUCUUUCAUUUGACACCAACAAUAGCACAAACGGACCACAUCAAAGCUUACAAUAAUUCAUCAAAAAAUAUUUUCGAUCUGUCAAGCUGUAUAUAUCAAAUUUUUAUCAAUGUCAUUGAAAGAUGGCGAAGUUGUUUGUAUUACAUGAUACAUUUAUUUUCAUAGAAGUGUCGCCAUCUUUUAAAUAGUAAUAAAUUUAAUAAGUAAUUUAAAACAUAAAUUUUGUUAAAGAUGAGUUAUGCCAUAGGUCUCUCCCCCAGACAAUCAAUGAUGUCCUAUUGUUAUUGCUUAUAUAAAAUCUCACAUACCAUGGAUAUAUCUUGAGAAUAACUUUUGGGUAUAUUAUUGCCGAAAUAUCGGAAAUAAUCAACAUAACAACCAAACUUCAGAAUUAAACACAAUCGAUUCAUCGGCUAGCGAGGGGAAUCCCCAUUGAGUCACACAAGCGCCUUGAACCAGGCAGCCAAUCAGGUUUAUGAUAAAUAAAUUCAACGACCAAUCAGAUAACAGGAGGACUUUCCCAGUAUAUUCAAACUUCAGAUUGAAUUAAUUUCUUCGAAAAUAAUUAGAUCGGCCAGCACAAUCGCAUAAUUAACACUGAAAGAGGGGGAUUUGGGACUUCUUCUUUGGUAAGUAGAUGAGCAUAUAUGUGGUGAAACUCAAUAUGCGAAAAAUUCAAGAGGGGUCUUGAUUGUGCUAUGGCAUAGAGCCUCUUUAAGCAUUGUGUAUGCACUACUAAUGGUAUCUGAACUUUAAAUGCUUUUUUCUAUGUGAGUUAUUUUUUCUUGGUUCAAUAUUCAAGCAAAUCAAACUUUGUUUUAUAUUAGAGCGAGUGUGUUAGUAACAUGUUUCAAUGAUUCUUUUUUCUUUUUUCUUCUAAUUUAAGUAUAGUGGGCCUUUAAGUGGUGUAUUGCCUGAAUGAUACAUUGAUACAGUAAUAAUAUUAAUGAAAGUAACAUAAACACUCACAGCUCCAUGGCAAGUUGUUCCAAAUGUUGAUUCCAUGCCAACCUCUGUGCCAGUCAGGACGUAACUACAGGUACCCAUGGUGCCACCUAUUAGCACUGGCUGGCCAGUUAACUAUGAAUACAAAUAUAACACAACCAAUCAGAUGUCCAUUACCAUUAAUAAUAUUUGAAUAUACUACUUAGAAUCUAUUAAAAAAAAAUCACACCUAGAAAAUGAUAUUGUUUUUCAUGACAGUCAUAAACAAUUUUAUGCUUUUAUUUCUUUCAAUUCUCAUGUGAUUCAGAGCAAUUCACAAACAAUUUGGAAUAAACACAGACCAUCAAAUAGCUUAUUUCAUUGAAAUUGAAAAUACUAACUCAACAAUUUUAAAAGAACUAUAAAUGAAUACACUUGAGUUGAGAGGUAAAAUAAAACUCUUCAAUUUUUCAUUUUUUUGUUCUCAAGUCUCAUCAUUCAAUGUUGUGACUAUUUUCUAAAAUUUCAAAAGUUCUGACUUUAUUCCAGGAUAAUCCUUCAAUACUUCAAUGUAUGUAGGAUUAUCUAGGGAGAUGUUACAUUUCCAAUUCAAACUAGAAAAACAGCAAAUCCCACCGAACAAAACAUAUUUAGAUUAUUAGUGGCCAUCUUGAAAAUUCCUUCUUGAGCAGAGCUUGUUUGUCCCUAAGCAUCAACAUAUAAAAUGUAAACCAUAUCCAUAAAUUAAAAUUUGAGUUAUCAAAGAUUAAGUUCUUUUUUACUAAAAAUGGCGGCCAUUUGAAAUUCUGCAGUCA